CCUGAUAUUUCCUGAAUGAAAUAAAUAAUUUUGUGCAUUUAAUGAGUUUCAAUAUUUAAUCCCAAACUUUGGGAAUGGCUUGUUUGGCUAAACUAAAACAGGACAUUAAAUAUCUCGAAAGCGCAUUUCCCAAAGACCACGAACGGUUCCAAAUACAGUCUGCUUCUGUGGAUGAACUGUCAUGCAGAUUUAUUGGUAGAAAUAAUGAACAAUUUUAUAUCCAUGCAAAUAUAACGGAAACCUAUCCUCAAACAGCACCAAUAUGGUUCAGUGAUUCUGAAGAUCCGGCACUGACAUCAGUAAUAGCCAGAUUAAUAGACAUACCACCUGAUAAAUAUAAUAUUGUGCAGCAAGUUCAGAUGUUAGUAAACGAUCUUUUUCAACUCCAUGAUUUCCCAAUUCCAAAAAUUGAUUGUAGUGGAGAUCAUUGUCCCAUGGAAACUAAUUCUAAGAGUUUUGCCUCUAAUCAAAAUGAAAGUACAGAUGAGGAAGAAGAAGAUGAGUUUCAUUAUGACAUGGAAGAAGAUGUACAGAAUGACCAGAAGACAAAAGAUGAUGAUAAAGAUAUAGCUAGUGGUAAUUUAGAAGUCCUAGAAAGAUUAAAACAAAAUCAGCGAUCAUCAUAUUUAAAGGGUUCUGUGUCAGGGUCUGUUCAAGCCACAGACAGACUAAUGAAAGAAUUAAGAGAUAUAUUUAGGUCAGAUAGCUAUAAAAAAGGAAUAUAUACUGUUGAUCUAGUCAAUGAAAGUUUAUAUGAAUGGAAUGUUCGAUUAAAAAAAGUAGAUGAAGACAGUGCAUUAUUUACUGAUUUACAAACUUUUAAAGAAAAAGAAGGCCAAGAUUUUAUUUUAUUAAAUAUCACAUUUAAGGAUUCCUUUCCAUUUGAUCCACCAUUUGUUAGAGUAGUACAUCCUAUAUUAACUGGAGGUUAUGUUUUAGGGGGUGGGGCUAUCUGUAUGGAGCUACUCACAAAACAGGGUUGGUCAAGUGCCUACAAUAUAGAAUCCGUCAUUUUACAAAUAUCAGCAACCUUGGUUAAAGGUAAAGCACGAAUACAAUUUGGUGCAUGGAAGAGUCAAUACAGUUUAGCCAGAGCACAACAGUCUUUCAAAUCUUUAGUACAAAUCCAUGAGAAAAAUGGAUGGUUCACACCACCCAAGGAGGACGGUUGAGAAUCAUGAUGUGUAAAUGUACCUUUUGUGUCUGUGUGUAAACUGUUUGAAAGAUUCAGCCUCAUCGACAUUGCUUUCAUCUUUAAACAAGCUAAAUUGAAAGUAAAAGUAUUUGGGGCAAAGAACAAUUAAUGUUUCAAAAUGAAAUUGUGUUCCCUCAUAAUGCAUGUUCUUUUCUACAACUUCAAAGCUGAUGUGUAUCUGUUUUUUCAUAAAAUUCAUUUCCUAUGUAGGUGGGGAUAUUGAACGAGAGAUCAUGACAUUUAUUCAUCCAAAAUUUUCCUUUAUCUGAUGUUGGAUAAAUGUCAAAUAAAUAAAGUGCUUUAUGAUAUACAAUGGGUUUGCGUUUGGUCAAAUAAAGACACAUUCAUUGGCUGAUAUAAUGCAUAAAUUUGAUUAAACAGCUAAUGUUGUAUGUAGCUAAUUUAUCAGGGUUUGCCAGGUGGUAUUAAAAAAUAUGUUUCUCUUUAUUUAUUGGUUGGGAAAUGUAUAUUGACUACAUCUUAGAAAGCUGUAGUUUACUUAACAAAAUUAUUCUUUUGGGUGUUAGGAUUGGUACAUUACUCACUUUUUUUAUUAUUAUUAUUUGUAAGGCAUAAGAUAACCAGAUUCCCUAUGUUUUAUGGUUAUGGUAUCAGUUUCAAUUGGCGCAAUCAAAAGAUGUGUGCACCAAUCCAAUGCUUAUUCUAUUGAUAAAUAUAUAUUGGUGACAUUUAUUGGUUUUAAACCAAAACCAAUUUGUAAAUUAUAAAAUAAUUUUUAUGUAUGGAUUGUGUUGGUUAAUGUUAUGAUGUAAAUUGAACCAAAAUAUUGUAAAUAGAUCCAUUGAAAUUGUUAAAGAUGUAAAUAUAUAUAUAAUAGUAUAUAUAUUAAUUUUAUUGUA